GUGGAGGCGCAUUGGUGCUCCGCCCUCGGUGUCUGCUCAGGUGUGCGUCUAUCGGAGGAGCAUUGCGGAGCUGCAGGGAGAGCAGAGGGGAUACGGUCAUGUCAGACAGCGGGAACGCACAGUCACAGGACGGAGGAUCCCACGGCGAGGACAGUACGGGCCGGGUGACGAGCCCAAGUGUGGGCAACAAAGUAACCGUGGUGCUCGGAGCGCAGUGGGGCGAUGAAGGGAAAGGAAAGGUGGUGGACCUGCUGGCCCAGGACGCUGAUAUGGUCUGCAGAUGUCAGGGAGGCAACAAUGCAGGACACACGGUCGUGGUUGAUUCAGUGGAAUAUGACUUUCACCUUCUACCCAGUGGGAUUAUCAACCCUAAAGUCACUGCCUUCAUUGGUAAUGGUGUAGUCAUUCACUUGCCGGGUCUCUUUGAGGAGGCCGAGAAGAAUGUGCGGAAAGGAAAAGGUUUGGAAGGCUGGGAAAACAGGCUCAUCAUAUCGGACCGUGCACACAUCGUGUUUGAUUUCCAUCAAGCUGUGGAUGGAGUCCAGGAACAGGAGAGGCAACAGCAAGCUGGCAAAAAUUUAGGAACAACUAAAAAAGGAAUCGGCCCCGUGUACUCAGCCAAAGCAGCUCGCAGUGGCCUGAGGAUAUGUGACCUUCUGGCUGACUUUCAGGAGUUCUCCGAGAGAUAUAAACAUUUGGCCUCGCAGUAUAAGUCUAUGUACCCUUCACUGGAGAUUGAUGUGGAUGGGGAACUUGAGAAACUCAAGACAUAUGUAGACAGGAUAAAGCCCAUGGUGAGAGAUGGAGUCUUUUUCAUGUAUGAAGCACUACACGGGUCUCCAAAAAAGAUUCUGGUGGAAGGUGCCAAUGCUGCAUUGCUGGACAUUGACUUUGGGACAUAUCCGUUCGUGACUUCCUCAAACUGCACUGUGGGAGGGGUGUGUACGGGACUGGGCAUGCCACCCCAGAAUGUGGGUGAAGUCUAUGGAGUUGUCAAAGCCUAUACCACGAGAGUUGGGAUUGGAGCUUUCCCCACAGAACAGAACAACGAUAUCGGAGAGCUCUUGCAGACGAGAGGCAAGGAAGUGGGCGUAACCACAGGUCGCAAAAGGAGAUGUGGUUGGCUGGAUCUGGUGCUUAUCAAAUAUGCCCACAUGAUUAAUGGCUUUACAGCCUUAGCUCUCACCAAACUUGACAUCUUAGAUGUGCUUCCUGAGAUCAAAGUUGGUGUGGCAUACAAAGUAGAUGGUGAAACCAUCCCACAUUUUCCAGCAAACCAAGAGGUGCUACACAAGGUUGAAGUGCAGUACGAGACUCUGCCAGGCUGGAAAACAGACACGUCUGCUGCCAGGACCUUUGAAGAGCUUCCAGAAAAUGCACAGAAAUAUGUCUGCUACAUCGAAGAUCACUUGGGUGUGCCUGUAAAGUGGAUUGGUGUUGGGAAGUCACGGGAAUCAAUGAUCCAGCUCUUUUAAGAGGCUGCUUGGCCUGCAUGUAGCACUGGCUGGAUUACACUCUGGACUUGGGGACUCUGUGACGGGGACGGAAAGUUGCCUCAUGUUUCUUCUCCCGCCUCUCCAUGGCAAGAACAUAAUUUUGUGUCACUCAGAUCAUCCUACAGCCCUCUGAAAUGGAAUAUUUGCCAUAUAUAAUGGCAUUCCUGUGGUAAAUCAAAAAGGGCUUUUUAACUAGUUACAUUACUGUUUCUCAUCUGCUUUACAUCCUUCUCCUCUGUUAUUUCAACCUCUCAUAAGCUCAUUAUCUCCACCUUGAGUCCAUAUGCUGUACAUGUGCUACUACUUCAAACUGUCAGGCAUCAGUAGUGAUGUAUAUUGUUGCUAGAUAUUAAUUUUUUUACACAGAUUGGGUAAAACGAUUACUUAUACAUGUUAUAUUUAAUGUUCUUUGUUUCUUUUAUCAUACAAGAUUCAACAGUUAUGCAAUGUGUACUACCACACUUUGUCCUUGUUUUAAAUGGACUGUAUGAUUGACUUACUCAAGUCAACGACGUUUAAACGUACGGUUUUUAAAAGACAGUUUAAAUGUUUCUUUACCAGAUGCAUAAAUAGGAAUUAUGUACAAUACAGCCUCAAAAUCUAACACGAUUACAGUCGGUGUGUUUUGUUUGUCCAAAAACAGAAGAAAGACAUUUUAUGGAAGCAUAUUUAUUAAAUUUUAAUUUGCUCCAAAAAUAGUAUAUAGUUAAAAUGUGCCUCAAGAAGCGUAUCCUAUUAUACAGGCCGAGGGUUUUGGUUCCAUUGAAUGUAUGUAAACGUUUGCACUGUCCUCAGAUGUUUAUUGUUCAGCUGUACAACUUUAUGCCACAAGCAUAUUAAAGCCACUUUAAUGAUCAGAUAUCAGAUUGUUAAAGUGUAGAUCCUUAAGACAUUUAUGUGGAUUGAGACACCACCUCAGGAUGUACGCACUGAUGUUUAAACUUCUUCUGUGGUUGCUAGCUGCUGUGGGAGGUCGUCUGCUUUUCUGACCUUCAGUGGUACAUUUACCGAACCUUUAAAUAUUAGACAUGACCUAAACGGUCGAAUGUAAGAGCUUGUCUAUUUAAAUAUGAAUGGGUUGUUUCAGAAACCCACAAUUGCUUCUUCUGUUUGUCUCACCCUCAAGUACUGCACCUUUCAAUAAAUAAGUAAUAUAGAAUAAAGUGUGCCUUGUUAAUACAGAUGAACAAUGAAACUUGAAAACUAAUUCUUCGUCUGACUGAGCUUUUAUGGAUUUUAAUUGAGAAACCUCUUUUAGCAUUUUCGAGGGCAUUAGUGUCAUUGCCAAAAGUGUACAUGCAUCCAAAGAAGUAUCUUUUAAUGGAUAAAUGAAUGCUGUGAUAUAAAGAGCCUUUGUAAAUGACCCAGAAUGAUAACUCUUUGUUUUGUCAGAUUGAUGAUGGUGUGAUGCUUUGCAUUGUUUUCUGUUGCUCACAGCUGCUGAAUAAAUGAUGUAACCUGUU